UUUCUCUCCCGCUCUCUCUUUUUCUGUCACGGAUAUGCAGAGCUUGGUAUGCUCGGGACUCGUGGGUAUAUCUAUUCCACUAAAAUCAAACGGAAGAAGGUCGUCUAGCAAUGUAAGUCGAAAAACUGCUCUUCAGUCUCCUGUUAUUUCCUUAUUAAUCUGCUCUUCCUCAACCUCAAAUUCUACUGUAACCGAGUCAGAAAGUACAAACAAGUUCAACUAUAGCAGGGCAACUCCGUCGGUCAGAUGGCCUCACCUUAAGCUAAACGAUAAUCAAACUCAUUCACAUAUUUCCCCCAAUUUCAAUCAUGUGGAUUCCACUCCACUGAAUAAACGUGAUGAAAAGGAAAAAGAGGAGAUUGAGAUUGAGAUUGAAAUUGAGGAUGAGGAUACCACGGAUUCUUUGGAAGUGAACGACGAAAACCUAGAACGGUUAGGUAGGCCGAGUAGGACUAGGGCGAAGAAAUUGACGAAAUUGGCUCUUAAGAGGGCGAAAGAUUGGCGCCAGAGGGUUAGCUUGCUGACCCACAAAAUAUUGCAAUUGAAACCAGGUCAGUUUGUAGCUGAUGUUUUAGAUGAGAAAAUUGUGCAAAUGACUCCUACUGAUUACUGUUUCGUUGUGAAAUCGGUUGGGCAAUCUUCUUGGACACGAUCUCUCGAGGUCUAUGAGUGGCUAAAUCUCCGGCAAUGGUAUUCUCCCAAUGCUCGGAUGCUAGCCACCAUACUUUCUGUCCUUGGCAAGGCCAAUCAAGAGGCUUUAGCAGUUGAACUCUUUACUAGGGCAGAAUCUACAGUUGGAAACACUGUCCAAGUCUAUAAUGCCAUGAUGGGUGUUUACGCUAGAAACGGUAAAUUCAGCAAAGUCAAAGAGCUCUUAGAUGUAAUGAAGGAGAGAGGGUCUGAACCUGACCUUGUAAGUAUGAACACUUUGAUAAACGCACGUCUCAAGUCAUCUCCAAUAACCGAAAACCUAGGUGUUGAGCUUCUAGAUGAAGUGAGGAAAUCGGGUCUCAAACCCGAUACAAUCUCUUACAACACACUCAUCAGUGCUUGUUCACGUGAAUCCAACUUACAGGAGGCUAUAAAAGUUUAUGCCGACAUGGAGGCAUGUAAAUGUCAACCCGAUUUAUGGACAUAUAAUGCCAUGAUCUCUGUUUUCGGAAGAUGUCGACUCCCCAGAAAGGCUGAACAUCUUUUCAAUGAAUUAAAGUCGAAAGGCUUUAUUCCUGAUGCAGUGACGUACAAUUCAUUGCUUUUUGCCUUUGCGAGAGAAGGCGAUGUGAAAAAAGUUGGAGAAAUUUGUGAAAAAAUGGUGGAAAAUGGAUUUGGAAAGGAUGAGAUGACUUAUAACACGAUCAUCCAUAUGCAUGGAAGAAACGGGGAUCAUGAUUUGGGUUUAGAAAUCUACGAAGAAAUGAAGUCGUCUGGACGGAAUCCUGAUGUUGUGACUUAUACGGUUCUGAUUGAUUCUCUUGGGAAGGCUGAUAAGAUGAGAGAAGCUACUAAAGUGUUUGAGGAGAUGAUUGAUAUCGGUUUACAGCCUACUUUGAAGACAUAUAGUGCAUUGAUUUGUGGAUAUGCGAAAUCUGGAAUGCGCUUAGAGGCUGAAGAGACGUUUCAUUGUAUGGUAAGAUCGGGAAUUAGACCAGAUCACAUAGCAUACUCGAUAAUGCUUGAUAUUCAUUUGAGGUCUGACGAUGCUAAAAAGGCAAUAUCUUUAUAUCGGGAAAUGGUUAUAAACGGUUUCGCACCCGAUGAAAGCCUUUAUGGAGCUUUAUUUCGAGUUCUCAAGAAGAAUAAUCGAGAGGAAGAUGUUGAAAGAGUUGUUAAUGAUCUUGAAGAACUAAACUUGAAUCCACAAAUCAUUUCAUGUAUCUUGGUUAAAGGAGAAUGCUAUGAUCAUGCAGGAAAGAUGUUGAGAAAAGCGGUUGGCCUAGGCUAUGAAAUGGAUCGCGAAAACCUCUUGUCUAUUUUAAGUUCAUAUAGUACUCCAGAAAGGUACUCAGAAGCGUUGGAUUUGCUAAAUUUUCUGAAGGAACGGGAAUCGACUUCCCGACAGUUGAUUAUUGAGGCUACGAUUGUUAUUCACUGCAAGGCACGUCAGAUAAACGCUGCAUUGGAUGAAUACUUCAGCACAAACAAUCCGAUUCUCUUCCGUUCGAGUUCCUCAAUGUAUGAAUUCCUUAUCAAGUGCUGCCGUGAGAACAAAUUGCUUCCAGAAGCUUCUCAGUUAUUUUCCGACAUGAGAUUCAAUGGGAUAGAACCUUCUAAGGAUUUAUAUGAAUGUAUGGUGCUUGUUUAUUGUGGAAUGGGCCUUCCAGAGACGGCACACCAUUUGGUUGACGAAGCAGAAAACAUUGGCAAUGUUUCUAUUUACGUUGGCCUUAUUGAAGCAUAUGGAAAGUUGAAACUUCUCGAGAAAGCAGAAAAUUUAGUUAGUGUUCUUAGACGGAGACUCGGUUUGGUAGAUAGGAAAGCUUGGAACGCACUAAUAAACGCUUAUGCUGAAAGUGGAUUAUACGAGAGAGCCAGGGCUGCUUUCAAUACAAUGAUGAAAGACGGUCCUGCCCCUACUAAUGACACCAUUAAUGGUCUUAUACAGUCUUUGAUUAUCGACAAGAGAUUAAACGAGAUCUAUGUAUUGAUUGAAGAAUUGCAAGAUAUGGGUUUUAAGAUUAGCAAGAGUUCAAUUCUUUUAAUGCUUGAUGCGUUUGCUCGAGAAGGCAACAUAUUUGAAGUGAAGAAGGUAUACGAAGGAAUGAAGGCCUCUGGAUAUUUUCCUUCUAUGCAUCUUUACAGAGUCGUGAUUGAGCUUUUCUGUAGAGGAAAACGAGUGAAAGACGUUGAAGCUAUGGUUGUUGAAUUGUUGGAGUUAGGAUUCAAACCCGACCUUUCGAUCUGGAACUCCAUGCUUAAAUUAUAUACCGAAAUUGAAGAUUUCAAGACAACUAUCUGUGUAUAUCAGAAGAUUCUAGAAGAUGGACAUAAACCUGAUGAAGAAACCUACAACACUCUGAUAUUGAUGUACUGUAGGGAUUGUAGACCUGCUGAAGGUUUGGCUUUGGUGUAUGAAAUGAAGAAACAAGGGUUGGAACCGAAACUCGACACGUACAAAAGCUUACUUGCGGCAUUUGACAAGCAGAAAGAUGUGGAACAAGUGGAAGAGCUUUUCGAGAGGCUGCGAUCAGAAGGGUACAAACUUGAUCGCUCAUUUUAUCAUAUAAUGAUGAAGACAUAUAGAAGCACUGGUAAUUAUUCAAAAGCCGAAAAGAUGCUUAUCUCGAUGAAAGAAGAAGGAGUGGAGCCGACCCUAGCUACCAUGCAUUUGCUUAUGGUCUCUUAUGGAAGCUCUGGAAAACCAGCUGAAGCUGAGAAAGUGCUCAACAAUUUGAAGUUAACUGAUGCGGAUAUUAUGUUGCCAUAUACUUCAGUCAUUGAUGCUUAUCUCAAGAAUGGGGAUUAUCAAAUCGGCAUCCAAAAGCUUCAAGAGAUGAGAGCGGAUGGUAGUCUAGAGCCUGACCAUCGAAUAUGGACUUGCUUUAUAAGGGCUGCGAGUUUGGUCGAGAAAACAAGUGAAGCUCUAGUUCUUCUAAAUGCUAUUGCAGAUGCUGGAUUUGAUCUUCCACUCAGGCUUCUGACAGAGAAACCUGAUUUGUUGGUUCAAGAAGUGGAUUGUUAUAUGGAGAAAUUAGGGCCUUUAGUAGAUAAUGCAGCAUUCAAUUUUGUCAAUGCUUUGGAAGAUCUGUUAUGGGCAUUUGAACUCCGGGCCGCAGCUUCUUGGGUUCUUCAAUUGGCAAUAAGGAGAGGGAUUUAUCGUCAUGAUACAUUCAGAGUUGCUGAAAAGGAUUGGGGUGCUGAUUUCAGAAAGUUCUCUGCUGGUGCGGCUCUUGUUGGUCUGACUUUGUGGCUUGACCAUAUGCAGGACGCAUCUCUGAGAGGCAUUCCACAGUCUCCAAAAUCUGUUGUACUAAUUACUGGUAAUUCAGAAUACAAUGGAGUUUCAUUGAAUAGCACACUGAAGGCAUACCUUUGGGAAAUGGGUUCACCAUUUCUCCCCUGCAAAACACGAACUGGUCUCCUUAUUGCAAAAGCACACUCCCUUAGGAUGUGGCUAAAAGACUCGCCAUAUUGUUUGGACCUGGAGCUUAAAAACAAUCCUUCUCUCCCCAAAUUGAACUCGAUGCGCUUACUUGAAGGGUGUUUCAUUAGACGUGGUUUCAUUCAUGCUUUUAAUGACAUAAGUGAGAAGCUUGGGCAAAUAAGGCCGAAGAAAUUUGCAAGAUUGGCUCUAAUGACUGAUGAGGAAAGAGAUAGAGUUAUUCAGGCUGAGUUGACAGGUAGGCAAGAAAAAUUGUUAAAGUUAGAGAAAUCUACAUUGAUAGAGAAGAAGAGAAGAGUUGGGAAAAGAAAAUUUGUUAGAAGAUUAACAGCUCAAAAAACGUGAAGUGGUUUUGUCAACAAAUCCUUCACAUUGUUUUUGCGGAAAUGGAGGCUAUGUCUCAAAGACGUAGCUUGAAUAUCCCAGAAGAAAAACAGAAAAAUCUGAUCCUUGAUCACCCCUCCUACAGAGGAUCCCUAUUCAUGAUUGACAUUGUCAUUCAUGUUUGUGAUUAAAAGACCCAGCUAAAAAUGCAUAAUGCUGAGACAAAUACAUUCAAUGUAAAUAUGGGUGAAGAUGUUCAAGCAAAGUCAAGUUUGGUCAGGUAAAGCUAUCAUAUUGUACAUAUUCUUUAUUCAUUUGUAUUAUAAUGGUCCCUUUUAGAAAUACAUGGAUACAAAAAUUUAUAAUGCUUAUGAAUGAGAUUAUGUUUGGAAAUUGUUUCU